AUGCUCACCAAGCUUUUGCUCCUCGGUCUGGCCGGCCUCAGUUGUGUGGAAUCGGUCAGGCCUCCCUUGAACCCACCACCACCACCUCCCCCUCCUCCACAAAAACUACCAACACCGCCACCACGGCCGUGGUCCACUUUUGCAGAGAAUGUCAUCUACCAACCUGACUCCAAGAACUCUGUUCUCUAUCCCCGGCAAGUCGAACUAUCGGAUGGAAGUCUCCUUGCGACAGCUUCGUUUGCGGGCGAUAUAACUCCAUACUUCCCCAUAUUCCAAAGUGCAGAUGGUGGUGCUACCUGGUCCUGGAUCUCCAACCUGACUGACCAGGUGAAUGGAUUGGGAAUGUCAGCCCAGCCUGCGCUGGCAGAGUUACCAUUUGCUGUUGGCGAUUUUCCUGCCGGCACGGUUUUGGCCAGUGGAAACAGCUGGGGAAGCAAGAGCACGAACAUUGAUAUCUAUGCUAGUAAAGAUAAGGGUCAUACAUGGAAGUUCGUCAGUAACGUGGCGAGAGGCAGUGGGCCGGAUACUACCAAUGGAAAUCCAUGCAUUUGGGAGCCAUUCAUUGAAUUUUUCAACCACACUAUCGGCGUGUUCUACUCCGAUCAGCGUGACCCCCUGCACGGUCAGAAGCUUGCUCACCAGGAAUCGGCGGACUUGAAAUCCUGGGGACCAGUGAUAGACGACGUGGCCUAUCUCAACUAUACUGCUCGUCCUGGAAUGACCACCAUCUCCUAUAUCCCUCCUCUGGAGAAGUGGAUUUUGGUGCACGAGUUCCCAGGAGGAGACAGCUGGUCUGGGGUGGGCUACCCGGUCUACUACCGAAUGGCCGACAGUCCGUUUGAUUUCCGCUUUGCCUAUGGUAUCCCCAUCAUGGUUGAUCGAGUCCAGCCCAACGCAUCUCCUUAUGUGGUUUGGUCGCCAUCCGGCGGUGAUAAUGGAACUAUCCUCGUUAGCGACGCUGAUCACAGUGGUGUUUUCACCAAUCAAGCCGGUGGCCAGCCUGAUCAGUGGGAAUUGCAUGACACACCUCAGGCACCGGCAUACAGCCGGAGUUUACAUGUCUUUGAGAAGUAUCCCGAUCAUUUGAUGAUCCUGGGUGCAGGCGUAUUUGAUGCAACGGUAAAUCUGCCGCUUUAUCUUAGCGUUGUGAGCGUAGAAGAUACCUUGAAGAAGCCAGCCGGGAAAUAG